AUGCCAAGAAUCUCAAACCGUGAGCGGCUUCGUCGAGAAAUUACCACCAGCUUAGCACUCUCAGAGCCGCCGUUGAUCAAGCUCGGUGCGUCGGCACGUACUCGCCUACAAGAAGCCAUUGAUGAUGACGACGAGACCGACAUGUUACUGGAGCUACUCUACGUAGUAGAGACGUCUCGCUACACCAUUCCUAGGAACCGCCGAGGCCUUCGAUCCUCACAAGUGCCUCACUACCUCAAACGACUUUCCAUCGGACAAGUUCCUGUCAAAUAUUCGAGUAUCAAGGCCUGCGUUCUUUGCUAUCGUAGGCCUGCUACAGACGAUGUCUGUUUCGAAAGCCCUGUCAGCAAGAUGAAAAAAGCGUCCGUAGAGGUUCAUUUGAUGGUCGCAAUUAAGUAUUUUGGAUGCUAUGGACAUGGUGCCUCUCGGGACGCCUUGUCCCGUAUUGUCCAGCCAGUCCACAGCCGUACGGUACUUCGACUCCAGCUUUUGGAUCUUUGUCGCGUACAUCGGCAGGUUUCCUAUGGCGUAUGCCAGCGUCGAUAA